CUUCACUGUUCACAAUAGUCGGUAUCAAGCAUAGUAGCACAGCGCUACCAACCAGGGGCAGGGAGUCGCUAAUUGAUUAGAUCCAUCCGCCGUACACCGCCGGUGGGCGCCUAAACGUCACCACCCAGCCAUCCAGCAUCAUCUACUUUCUUGUUGUCUUUUUCCUUUUUUCCUCUUACUGUCUUCUAUCCAUCUCUUAUAUCGUUACAUUGCAUAAACAAUCCCCCGGGCCAUCGUUAUGGCCCUCUUCCGCAAAGACAACUCAUCCGCCGAACCGUCGGGUCCCGGGAGGAAACCCUCGACGGUGUUAUGGCAUCGAGGGUUGCGCUCGUUGCUGUACCUACUGGCUUGGAUCUUCUUGCUACUCGUCUGCAUAGGAAAUAUCUCGAAUAAGCCUGUUUUGCGCGAGACCUAUUUCAUGAAGCUCGACUUAACCCAUAUCAUUCCCAUCUCCGUCCCCAAUGCUGUCCUUAUCAACAGUAUUGCGCGGACCAUCGGAUUGCACGAUUUCUACCAGGUUGGGCUAUGGAAUUUCUGUGAAGGAUACGCCAAUGAGGGUAUUACGCAUUGCUCCGAUACUCAGAACAUGUAUUGGUUCAAUCCUCUCGAGAUUAUCCUGAACGAAUUGCUUUCGGGGGCUACCAUCGCCCUCCCCGCGGACAUCACCGAUGCGCUUCAAAUCGCUCGUGUCGCCUCAUACUGGAUGUUCGGCCUCUUCCUCGUCUCCACCGUCCUCUCCUUCAUCCUCAUCUUCCUCUCCCCGUUCGCCGUCUCCUCUCGGCCGCCGCAAACCAUCUCCCCCGACCCGUCUGUCAAUCAAGUUCACCCUCCCCACCGCCGACGCACUUUUGUCCUCCUGCGGUCAUUCCCCUUCCUCCUCCUCACCUUCUUCACUGCUCUCUUCACUAUUGUCGCCUCCGUCGUCGCUACCGUCAUGUUCUCCAUCUUCAAAAACGUGUUCAUGUCGCAGAGCUCCGAGUUUAACAUCAAGGCUACAUUGGGCACCCGCAUGAUGGCCUUCAUGUGGAUUGCGUCGGCGUUCAACCUCAUCGCUUUCAUCAUCCAGUUUGGCUCAUGCUGCGCCUCGUGCUGCGGUGGCCGGAAGGCACGUAAGCAACUGAAACAUUCGCCCAAUGGCACUAAUGGCAGUGCUUCCAGUGGUUCCGCUUCGCCGAUGCAUGAGAAGGAGGAUGGUCAAGCUUGAUUGCUUACAAGAUCUACAGUUUUGCAUUUUUUUUUGUCAUUUUGGGUAGAAUAUUUUCCUGUUCUGUUCUAUAUACCAUCUGUCGUUAUUUG